AUGUCCCCUCCUCCAGCAGCAACAUCGUCCCAAAACGUCACUCUGCCCGUCAUUCCGGAGCUUUACUCGCCGGACUUCCUUGACAUCCUCCUGCCCGUCAAGCAGCAGAUUGUGCAUGAACUUGUUCCUGAGCCCGCACCUGUGGCGCAAAACCCUAUGAUGGACGCACUCAAGGCGACAGCCCACCGGACUUCUACCGCAAACGGUGCGCCGGCGUACUUGUCUACGCUCUCGCCGGCCCUGGAUGCCUUUCAGGCGCUCCGGCCGUCCGCCUUUGGCCCUAACAUUGGGCUGUAUCUCGACGCGGCAUGGGCAGAGGAUCCGCAGCUGACGUUGCGUAUCAUCUGGCAACUGCGAAGCAUUCACGACGGCAAGGGCGAAAAGGAAGUCUUCUACCAGGCGUUUGGCUGGCUCUACGAGAACCAUCCACGGACUGCCAUCACCAACCUACCCCAGCUCGUCGAACCCCGGUGUACGCGCCCGAAUGGGAGUAACGAUGCCAUGUCGCAUGGCUACUGGAAGGAUCUCCUCAACAUAGUAGCCCUCGCAGUCUCUGACGAGCUACGACCUAUAGGGCAUCCUGCGAGAUUUCUGCAUGCGCCCCGUAGCUGCUAUGCGGUGAGACGCGCGGAGCAGCGUGCGAGGGCCCAGGGGAUGGACCUCAGCAGGUCAGGGCGGACACAGGCGAACCACAUACGCCUCAGUACCAAGCUCAAGGAGCCGAAGUUCCGUGCGCUCUACGUGAUGGUUGCGCGUCUCUUCGCCGAAAAGCUCGCUCACGACGUCUCCCUCCUCGAGCAGGUGGAGAAGGAAAACCACGGUUCUGACGAGUGCUGGGCCCUAUCAAAACGACUCUCGCUGGUGGGGAAGUGGGCACCAACGCCAAACCGUUCUCAUGAUCGUGUCACGAACCUCAGCACCGCGAUUUGCCUCCUGCUGAGGGACACGGGUGUCUUCACUGGCCUGCGCAUCAACGCAUCUCGCGAUGAGCCAUUGCCUGCGCUCGAGACACAUGUCCUACGCUCUUACUACCAGCGAUGGGUGCUGACGCCGCUCCGACGCUCGCUCGCUGUCCCCGAGCCGCUGAUGUCGGCGGGGAGGUGGAAAGAGAUUCAGUACUCGCGUGUGGCGUCCCACUGCAUGAAUGCCAACGGCGUACACUUUUUCAAGCACGAUCCCGAGGGUUUUGCGGCGUACUUACUCCAGGUCGAGAGCGGUGAGAAGACUAUCAGUGGCGCGACGCUGAUGCCGCAUGAGAUCGUGGAGGAUGUGCUGGAGUUGGUGCGCGACGACUGGAAAGGGGCAUGGGAACUGGAGGAUCUUAUGCGCAAGAAGCAGCAGAUGCGUAUGCGUGUCCUCGAAGCGCAGUGGAUGUCGCUCGUCCAGCGACUGCGCGAGGCUGGGAGACUCGACAGCGCGCUCGCAGUCUGCGACGUCUCGGGCUCGAUGUGGGGUGGACCGAUGGAAGUCGCCCUCGCCCUCUCUCUCAUCACUGCUCAGCUUUCCAAGCCCCCGUUCUCCAAUGGCUUCAUCACCUUCUCGCAGCACCCGCAGUUCCAGGUCAUCGACUUCGAGCGCAACGGCCUCGCACGCACGCUCCAGCAGAUGCAGCAGUCACAGUGGGAUAUGAACACGGAUUUGCACGCCGUCUUCGUCGAUCUGCUUCUACCUCUCGCUGUCAAGAACAACGUCAAACAGGAGGACAUGAUCAAGACCCUUUUCGUUUUCUCGGACAUGCAGUUCGACGAGGCGUCGACCGCACAGCCUGGUGCUUGGGAGACCAACCACGACGCGAUCGAGCGGGCAUACAAGGAAGCGGGUUACGAGGUCCCGCAGAUCGUCUACUGGGACCUGGCAGCACACCCAGGUCCGGGAAUGACUGCGAUCCCUGUGACGGCGGACCGCAAGGGUGUUGCCCUCAUGAAUGGGUUCUCCCCUGCGCUUCUGAAAGUGUUCAUGGGUGAGGCGGACGCCGAGGAGAUCGUGGAGGAAGUCGAAGACGGAUGGGAGAAGGUGAACGAACAGCAGGCCACGGCCCGCAAGGCAUUCGACCCCUACACCAUGCUGAAGAAGGCCGUCUCAAAGAGGAGCUUUGAUGGGCUCGUUGUCCUCGACUGA